AUGGAAGCCUAAGCAUUGCAAUUCCAAAAGCUGGCUUUGAUCUUAGUUCAAACAGUGAAAUCAUUGCAAAAUUACUCAAGAUCAUUAGAGGAACUUAACGAUCAAGACUUAGAGAAAAGAUUAAUAGCAGUAAUGGAUAUCAUUGGUCUUAAGUUUACCAUGCCUAACAAUAUCACAGUCUCAAUCAUUAAAAUCCUCGUUUCUAUUCUGAUUAACAAGAUAGAUUCAAAGAAGGACUUCUUAAUAUUCAGAGUUCUUGACAUUGUAGAAAGCAUGCUAGGACAUGUGGAUACUGAGAUAAUCUAAGCAGUUGAAACUGAUAUGUUUGAUUACAUUAAGUGGUGUAUGGUUCUUAUUAGAACUGAGCAGCCUCUGGAGAUAGCUGAACGCUCCUUAACAUCAAUGAAAUUGAUAUGCUAAAAGAUGAGAUAAUAGAGUCUCUAUGAUAUUAUCCCAGGAGUCAGUUCAGUAGUUACUAAAUCUCUGGGAGGGAAUCAUAAAUCCAAUCAAAAGGUUAAAAUUAAGCUGCUAGAAAUAUGGGAACUGAUUCUAGUCCCUUACUUUUAAUCCCUUAAAAAUGAUUGA